AUGGCUGCCAAGGUGAAACUCGAUAGGAGUCCAUUGAUCAAGAGUCUCCUCUUCAGUGACAAAAAGCCAAACACUCAUUUCAUGAUCUUGGCUGAGUCAAGCACCAAACCCGAAAAAGGAUGGUAUCAAGAAGUCAUCGUUAAGUCCGGAUUAAUUGACUACUAUGAUGUUUCAGGAUGCUACAUUCUCAGACCAUGGGCUUACUCUAUUUGGGAAAAGAUCCAAGGCUUCUUCGAUAAGCUCAUCAAGGCCAACGGAGUCGAAAACGCCUAUUUCCCCAUGUUCGUUUCCAGAAAAUCACUAUAAAUCGAGAAGGACCAUGUUGAAGGUUUUGCCCCCGAAGUAGCAUGGGUGACCAAAUCAGGAAGCAGCGAUCUUGCUGAGCCAAUUGCCAUUCGUCCAACCAGUGAGACCAUCAUGUAUCCUGCCUAUGCCAACUGGAUCAAGAGUCAUCGUGAUCUCCCCCUCAAGCUCAACCAGUGGACCAAUAUCGUCAGAUGGGAGUUCAAGCAUCCAACUCCUUUCAUCAGAACCAGAGAAUUCCUUUGGCAGGAGGGUCAUACCGCUCACGCUACCUUCGAAGAAGCUCAAGUUGAAAUGUUCGAUAACCUUGAAUUCUACUUCCGUGUUUAUAAGGAGCUUCUGGCUGUUCCAGUUUGCAAGGGAAUCAAGACCGAAUCUGAAAAGUUCCCAGGAGGCUUCAGAACUUCCACUGUUGAGACCUGGAUACCAGAAAAUGGAAGGGCCAUUCAAGCUGCUACUUCCCAUAAUUUGGGUCAAAACUUUGCCAAGAUGUUCGGCAUUGAGUUCGAAAACGAGAAAAAGGAAAAGAACCUGGUCUGGCAGACAAGUUGGGGUCUUACCACUCGUUCAAUUGGUAUCAUGACCAUGUAUCACGGUGAUGAUAAGGGCUUAGUUCUCCCCCCAAGAGUUGCCAACGUUCAGGUGAUCAUCAUCCCCAUUCCCUUCAAAGGAAAAGAGCAAGACGUCAACAAGGCUGCCAUCACUCUCUUCGAAAGCCUCAAGAAGACUGACAUUCGAGUCCAAAUUGAUACCAGAGAUAACUAUAACCCAGGAUGGAAAUUCAACCACUGGGAACUAAAGGGAGUCCCCAUCAGACUCGAGCUUGGACCAAAGGAUAUUGAAAACCAAGAGGCUCGCGUUGUUCUCAGAUACAAUGGUGAUAAGCUUCAAAAAGUGGAUCGAACUGAGAAGGAGCUUCCCGUCAUCCUUGAGAAAAUCCAAGAGAGCAUGUAUGAAAGAGCUGUGCAAAGAUUCAACGAUAAAUCCAAGCAAGCUACUACUUGGCAAGAGUUCAUGACUCACCUUAACUCCAGAAACGUCGUCCUGACUCCCUGGUGCGAGAUCAAGGAGUGCGAGGAAAAGGUGAAGGAAAGGUCAGGCAUUGAGACCAAGGAGCUUGCAGCUGAAGGAGAGAACAACUUGACAGGUCAAGCUAAGACCCUGUGCAUUCCCCUCCAAUAUGAACCCCUUAUUGGCCAUGAAAAAUGUUUCCAUUGUGGCGAGCAAGCUAAGGCUGUUUCUUAA